AUGAGUCUUGACAAGACUCGUAUGGAUCCUGAUUUGCCCGAAGUUUGCGCCGCGAUUCAUUGCGCCUCUGUCUCUGGGUCGGCGGAUUUGGUCCGUUUGCUUGUCAAUCAUGGUGCAGAUGUGAAUGAUCCUAGUGGAAUCGACUAUGGUGCUCAAAUGCCUCCCUUGUUCUUAUUGAGAGGAGAUACAACUAAAGCGCUUAUUGAACUCGGCGCAGAUGUGUCGCGAAGUAACUCAUCUGGUUUCACCCCUCUGCUGCAUGCGAUGGCGCGGGAAGAUGUCCCCUCCACUAUGCUGCUUGUGGAGAAUGAUGCAGAUAUAGAGAUCAAAAGAAAAACAAAAUAUCGAGUUAGGAUAACCUUGGAGAACGGCAAAGAAGUCACGGAAGAGCGCCUUGUUGAAGGUACAUCUUCACCCUUGAUGGUCGUCUGCCAUCAAGGCCGUCUUAGACCUACGUCUUUUGAAAUGAUCAAGAUACUGGCAUCCGCUGCAGUAGAUGUCAAUCGGCGGUACCAUAUCAAGACUACCGAUUGUGAUCUCAGUUUCACCGUAUUGUCUUUGAUUUGCGGCUCUCAUACUCCCACGCCUUUGGUGAAGGGCGCUUAUGCCAAAAACGACCAAUACGGCGAGAAAGAAAUGGCAGCGCUCAGAGAACUCAUUGCUGCCGGAGCAGAUGUCAACAGUCCUCUAAUUAUUACUUAUUUAUGUCAGGGGAAGAUGCCUUUUAAAAAUUUCGAGUCCCGCUUUGAUGUGGUACAGAUGCUUGUCAACCAUGGUCUACACCUUGAUACCCAGUCGGGUCGAGUUACGUUAUUGACUCAUCUAAAAUCAUUUACAAAGCACCCAGAAGCUGAAACUCAGCUCCUCAGUAUAGCAACGAUAUUAGCUAGAGCGGGAUUGAGGGUAGAUCUUGGCAGGGACGAGAUGGAGCUGGCUAGUCUAGACUUCUAUAACGACAUCCAAAGUCACAAUAGUGAUAAAUGA